UUGAUAAUAUCGACAACAAUCGGAGAUCCUGAUCCCAAGAAAUAUAAGAAGGAAUCAAAUGAUAAAGUUAAGAAAUCGGAGUCCUUGACAGAUGAUGAAAAGAAAUUUUUACGAGACGUUGAAGAAAAAUUUGCCAUAAAGUCCAAUGUUUCAGAUAAAGUUGAAGAGAAAAGUGUUGAGAAAGAAAAUAAAACACAUGUGGAGGAUGGUCAAAAAAAGGCACCACUUCCUGCAGUAAUCGCGAUAGAAAUAGUAAAUGAUACCGAAAAAUCAAAGGGCAAACGUACAAUCGAUGCAAAUUUGGGUUACGGCUAUAGGACAAAUGAUGGUUAUUCUUAUACUUAUUUUGGAAAAUCUAACUUAGACCAAGGAAAAUUUAUGAUAUAUCCUUAUUCUCAAGAAGACCUUCCUCCAGUCCGAAACUUACAACAUAAUACCAAGCAUUCAUCUCAAUCGAGUGGAAAAUAUUCAUCGUCUAAAACAUAUAAUGUUGAAAUAACCCCGUCGCAAGCCUAUGAACUUGUUGCAUUGAAGGAUGAACAACCCUCGUAUCAAUAUAAUAAACCUGCCAUACCUUUUGAAACAGGGUAUCAGAAUGUACAAGGUUUCGGUUCACCAAAUGUAAAUUCACAUUCAGCAAAACCUGCACAAACUUUAUAUACCACGUAUAACGGUCAAGAAUUUUCUGGCGUGAGUGGACAGUUUCCUUCUGUAAUGUCUGAUUAUUUUGUUAAUCCCAGUCAACUUUUAAAUAAUCCUCAGUAUCAAAGUGCAGGCUUAACAGAAGACCAUUUACGUUCUCAAAGCUCAUAUUUAAAUCAAAAUAAACCUAUUGUCCCCGUUUUAGUGUUAAGAAUACCCAGUUCAUACUUAAAUAAUCCUAGGGCUGAACUAUAUGCCGAUUUACCCAAAAAUUAUCCUUUAUCCCAACAUUUAAACCAUGUGAAUCUCCAAAGUUUGGUAAAUCAAUAUUUCAAAAACCAUGGUUAUUCAUCUGCUCCACAAAUAAUGUCUUAUCAGAAGCCCGAAGUAUCAACUCCUGAAGUGGAACCGCAACAUUAUUCCAAUCCUCAUGUCAGACCAUCGUACACUCAGGCUGACUUUUCCGGUAUACAAUACUCUGGAGUCAAACCAGUUAUGGCAAAAUAUCCAAGUUCAUACCAAAACCAACAACAAUAUUCAGUCCCUAAACCUCAAUCCUUGUACCAACGUCCUGUCCAACAGCAACAAUACGAAUACCAAUACAUUCCACAAACAGAAGUUAACAUGCAAUCUUAUUAUAUUCAACCACAAUAUCACCAAAAUACCCAGAUCGAAGAUGACACAGGAUACCAGAACGGACAACCUGAAACAAAUGAUCAAGAAUCAUAUCCAGUUGUAUCAUAUCAAACGCAAACAAGUAACGAAGAGUCUAAACCAGUUGUAGCCGAAGGUUACGAGGGCCAAAACGCACCACAAGGUAAUGCAGAAUCAGCUGUCGAACAGUAUGCUCCUGUUAACCAAGGAGCUUCAGUUUAUGCGAAUCAGGAAAGUGAUGAACAAUACAAACAAAAUGUCGCCUUGGAACAAGGAUCUCAAUCAACCAGUGGAUAUAGCUCCCAAGGUUAUUACCAACCAUCACAAAGUCCGAAAAGCCCAGUUUCUGUAUAUCCAUCAAGACUUAUUCAUACAGAACAAUAUGAAGAAGUAGAACAAACAGGUGUACCUCAGAAUUAUGAAUAUAAAUCGCAAAAUAAUGAAGAUUCAAGCAAAUCUCUAGUUCUAUCAGAAAAUUAUCCAAGCAAAGAUCACACCAUAGCUACGGUUUUACCCUACGCUUAUAAAUCAGUUAAACAGCCCACACAAUCCAGUAUCCAGACAGUCAGUUAUGUAACACCAGUACCAUCAGCAAAAUAUCAAUCUAAAUACAGGAUAAUGGUACCGCAAACCAUACUCAAGAAUCCAAAUGACGAGAAGGUGUCCUACGUAAACUCUCAUUCAUUACCUAUGCAUUACACGCAAGUUGGUCAUUACUCUGAUGUUAGAACGAAGAGUGAUUAUGGCAACAGCGGUCGAUACGUUUCGUCAAUAUCAAAUCAACCUUCAUAUUCUAGAAAUAUCCAUUCUCAUCCAAAGAGGAUGGUUAAACAGGAGAACAAUCAAGAAACUUCAGUCACUAAUAAGACAGCUAAAAAACAAAAUGAACGAAAUAACAAGAAACAGUCACAGUAA